AUGGCCGCACCACAGGACCGGCUCUUGCGGGGACCAAAGUACGACCUGGAACUGCCCCAGGUCACUCUGGGCAAAUACAUUUUCUCUGGAUUGCUGAAGCACGGCGACCACGUUGCACAGGUGUACCCUGGGGAGCCGGAGGUGCGGCUGUCGUUCCGGGAGCUGGCGAGGCGCGCGGCCUGCGUGGCCGAGGAGCUGCGCAUGCGCGGAGUGGGCCCCGGGGACGUGGUGGCACUCGGCUGCCGCGUCGUGCCGCAGUUCGCGCCGCUCCUCAUAGGCACCCUCCUCAGGAACGCCAUACCGGCGCCCUUCAACCCAGAUCUCGACCAAGAGGAAUUAAAGGUGGUGGUGCAGCAGAUGCUCAGGCCGAAGCUGGUGGUGAGCCAGGAGCCGGCGCUGUCGGCAGUGGGGGAGACGGCUGGGUGCGCCGCGCUGCCGCUGUCCCAGGUGGACGGCUGGCUGCAGCGAGACGCAGACCCGGAGCAGGCGCUGCAGGCGCUGUCCCCGCCGGACGCGGCCGGCUGGCUGGACUCGUGCGCCGCCAUCCUCUGCUCCUCCGGCACCACGGGGCCGCCCAAGGGCGUCAUGCUCUCACACCGGGGGCUGCUCACCGUGACUGUCGCCUUCGGGUGCGUGCAUUCUCUCUCCACGUAUCCGUCUUCUUUGAUACAUCUGUCUUAA